AUAGCAAUUCAGCUUACCCCUGGUUUUUGGCUGGAGCAACACAAUAAUUGCAGAACUACAAGUGACCAUAAAGAUCAUGACCCUGCCUGCCAUGUGAAAGAACCAAAGCAUUCAACAUCACAUUGAAGACAAAGUUGGUUUAUUUUGCCUCACAAAGAGUCGGACAAACAUGGGGCGUCCAAGUGUAAAAAUCAUCUGUCACAUUAACAAAAUGUGUCUUUGGCUACCCUUUUAGAAGUCUUUGUAUUUUAAUGCAAACCCAUACAAAUUCCCUCUGCCUACUUAACAAAGAAGCUGUUCUGUUCUUUACUGCAAUGGAUUCUCUUCCACUUUCAUUUAUUGCAGGAUAUGUAGAGGCAUUGCCAGCUUUAUUGGAGAAAGAAUGUCGAGUGAUUGUGAUCCAUUGCUUUCUUAGCUACAUUUCCUCUGUCUUGAGCCAGUUUCUGGGAUCUUAACGUUCCUCAGUUUAACUGGAAAAGCAAAAAGUUCUUCACUUUUUUUUAUUUUGAUGACAAAGCUGUUCACUUUAUAAUACAUACAGGUUAAGAAGAUGCAACUUUGUGGCUCCUCAUUCUCCUAUUGAAUUCAAUUUCACUAGAAAUCAUUUAACUCUCUAAUGAAAAGAUGAUGAACAAAACCCAUAAUUUCUUUUUUCUUCUUUUGGUGUGGGGAAGAUGAAAUUUUCCUGAACAGUUAGUAAGCCAAUUUUCUAUUAUAAAGUAGGAGUCUUUUAUCUUGAACUAACUGAAUUCUCUUUCCUUUUCUCUUGUAUUCUUGUUUGUUUGAAGUUUUGGUAAUUUAGCAUUUGGGAGAAUCUAUUCAACCAAAAAAAACAAAAAAAAUUGUAGUGAGAACUCAUAAUAUCAUUAGAGCUGCUUAUAGUUCUAGUGGUUUACUGUCUGGCAAGCAUUUAUCUAGGAUUGCAGGUUUAAACUUUUUGAGAUUCCCCCUUGGGAAUCUUUUGGGAUUUGUACUUUGUUCUUUUCUGUCAAAUUGGAUAUAUUUGUGAAUGCUUGUCCACUUCGAUGAGGAAAAUAUGCGUCUUUUACAAUUUGUUUUCUCCUUAGCUGGAAUUCAAGUCAAGCAGAUGGUAACAUGAUUCUUGCAACGUUUUGGAAUGUAAAAUUUUCUACUGGUCUUGAAUUUGUUAGGUUUUCCUAUCACAUCGGUACAUUUUUUCUGAACAUCUAUCUUGUUGGUACUAAGUUUGAAUUACAGAAUAGGUUACAUAGAAAUUUGUCUCUGAGUCCUAUUAAAAUACCCGAAAUUCUUUAUUUGCUCUUAGUCAACACUCUUCAUUCUAAUUAUCUAUAAGUUUAAUCAUGAAAGGAAUUCAUAGCUUGAUGUUCUUAAAUUCUUCCAAAAAACACAGAUUUAUUCUAGUUGGCUUCUAUUCAAGUAUUGUGUUAUUUGGCUAAUCCCUUUGUACAUUUUCUUUUCAGUAGGAAAAGUUCAUAUGUUGAGUGCAUUGAACUAUUGCUGAUACUCCUUGAAGGCAUGAAUGUUUAAGUGGCAGUAAUUUAGUGUUUCUUUUUCCAUUUUACUUCUUGCUUCUUUCUUUUUCAUGCAUGAGGUUUUAUGUAAGUUAUUGAAGUUAUUGAAUUGGUUUUAGUCUCGUACUUGCAAUUGGAUGCAGGAAAUUAUUGAUGUUAAUUGGCUGCUGGGAGCUUCAAUGGAGUGAUGCUUGUUUACAAUGCACUUGUUCUGGUGGCAACAACUGCCGCUGCUUAUACUGAUUCAACUCUUAGAACCUAAUAGCAUUAGUUACAAACUAUGUGUUGAAGCAUUAGUUGCUAGUAAGAGCACAAUUUGCACUCCUCAACAUUCCACUGGCAGGAUUGGGAGAUACCCAUGCCUAAGACAAUGGGCAAGUGCCAACUGUAAUAAACUGAAUGAUCCAGGUGUUGUUUCUUUGUCUCCCUCCCGAAGACAUCUACUUUUUCUGAAGAGUGGAUUUGUCAAAUUGUCAUCUUCAAAUUUUAUUUCCUCUCCAAUUGAAUUACAAGAAAGACUCCAUAAAGCAAGAAAUAGGAGGAUAGCAGCUGAAGUUGGUAGGGACAAUGGUGUUCCAACACUAACACCCUUGCAACCAGCUAAUGACAAAAAAUCAAGCAAACAGAAAUUUGCUGCCAUUAUUGCUGGUGCUGGUGCUGCUCUACUUGUGAUCGUCAUAGUGGCACUAGUUUACAUGUGCUUGAUGCGUAUUAAGAAGGUUCUAAGGCACAGAUCUGAGACAGCAUCUUCUAUGCCAUCUUCUCCUUCUGAUUUGGCAAGAGGUAACAUUUUCCCCUAUGCUGCUGCCCAGUCUCCUUUUAAUGCACGAGAUUUGAGGCAAUUAUCAAUUGUGGAGGUUGAGCAUGCUACACACAAUUUCAGUCAAAGUAAUAUCAUAGGUGAAGGUUCUUUUGGUUUCGCCUACAAAGGACUACUUCUAGAUGGAUCAAUCGUAGCAAUCAAGAGAUGCCUGCAUAAGCCAGUUCAGGAUUUUGUUCACGAGGUGAAACACAUAGCUUCAGUUCACCACAAGCAUCUUGUCGACCUUAUUGGUUAUUGUGAAGACACACAUCAGAAAUUUCUUGUAUAUGAUUACAUAUCUAAUGGAAAUGUAGGGAGUUACCUCUAUGAUAGUGAAGGUUUGCCCAUUGGAAAAUUAGACAUGAGGCAAAGGCUGUCGAUUGCAUUAGGUGCUGCAAAAGGUCUUCAAUAUCUUCAUAGCAUGGUCCCUCCUUUACUGCACAUGCACUUCAGAAGUAGCAACGUUCUUUUGGGCGAUAACAUUAUUGCCAAGGUUUCUGAUUAUGGACUUCUUAAAUUGGCAAUGGAGAGUCAUCGAGCAGGAACAUCUUCAGCCAUCGACUACUUUCUCGAUCCAGAGUUGAGUUUAUCAAAGAAUUUUUCAGAGAGAAGUGAUGUGUACAGUUUUGGCGUCUUCUUGCUGGAGUUAAUUAGUGGCCAUGAAGCACGUGGCAGGUAUAUGUCAAUCUCAGGGCACAAUCUAAUCCAGGAGUCUAGGGAAUGCAAUCUUGAAAACUUCAUCGAUAGGACGCUGGGAGAGCGCACGAUCCAAGCUGCAAAACCGCUGAUGGAGCUAGCCUUGCAAUGUAUAGAUGUUAGUAUGAAGAGACCAUCAAUGACAAGAAUUGUUCAAGAGAUAGAACAGAUUCAAGGGAGAGAAAUAAGAUACUCGCAAGCCGAGUUUGAUGAGGAAAUAGGCUCUGUAACACUUGGCAGUGAACUCUUCAAAUGACUCACCUCUCUACUGCUGUCACAUUUUUCUACUGCAAAUCAUUCUUUAAUUGGAUUCACCAUUGUUGGUUGUAAUCAUUACAGUCCUCAGGCAAGUAAAUUGAGACUUUAUUAAAAUUAUAUUAUCAAAAGCUUAUUACAUUA